GCUCCGGCGACGAGCGCAGCCUCUCCUACUCCCCUUCGCCUCGAGAAUUCCCCGAUACCCCAACCUUCAACAGCAUCGUCAACGGCGUCAGCCUUAACGGCGACGGCAACGGCCGUCACGCCCGCCCAAAAAAUAAGAAGUAUCCACGCGCCUAGCACGUGACUCUUCCUUCUCAUAAAUCCACUUCUUAAACCCUCGCCUUCGAUCUCGCCCCCCCAAAAAAAGCCCGAAACCCGUCGCCAUGCUGCAGAACAAAUCCUUCGUUCGAAAGACCAAAGGCGGAAGAAUAAUAAAGAACGUGAGAGAGCACUACCUACGAGAUGACAUCUACUGCGGAUCCCACGCCUGCACCUCAUGCGACCCCACCUCCGCCCGCCUCAGCUCCUCGGCCUCCACCGUCCUCGUCGUGGACACCAACGUCGUCCUCAAUCAGAUUGAUUUGCUCGAGAACCCGGCGAUUGACGAAGUGGUGGUUCUCUCGGUGGUGUUGGAGGAGGUGAAGCACAAGAACUUGGCGGUGUAUAAUAGGCUGAAGGCGCUCUGUACUAACCCUAUGAGGAAGUUCUAUGUUUUUGCCAAUGAGCAUUUCAAGGCGACUAAUGUUGUUCAACAGGCCGGAGAAAGCCCAAAUGACAGAAAUGACAGAGCAAUUCGGGUGGCUGCAAAAUGGUACAAAAGUCAUUUGGUUGGAAAAACACAAAUCAUACUUAUUACUAAUGAUAGAGAGAAUAAAAGCAAAGCUAUUCAGGAGGGCCUUUCUGCAGAGACAGUUGAGUCGUAUGUAAAAUCACUUGGGCAACCUGAUCUUCUGGACUUGCUUGUGCUACCGACCUCUGAAGAUACGAAAAUGGAGGAUGUUGAAGAUCUGAGACCAUCAAAGAAGAAAAUUAUCUACAGCGAACAUAAACCCAUGUCAGAGAUUACUUCUGGCUUGUUACAUGGCAUAUACCAUCAAGGCAAACUCCGAGUUAAUCGUUACAAUCCAUUUGAGGCUUAUGUUGGCAGUGAGAGUAUAGGUGAUGAAAUAGUUAUUCGCGGUCGCAUAAACAUGAAUAGAGCUUUUGAUGGAGACAUAGUUGCUGUGGGACUCCUGCCACAAGAUCAAUGGAAUGAGGGGGAGUCUUCAAUGAUUGCUGACAAUGAAGAUGAUGAGGAUGAUGGUGUUCGCUUGGCUCCAAGCAGUGCUGAUGAUGCUCCCAGGAAUACAAAUGGUUUGCAAGCUACUUCUGGAUCUGUGAUUCCUGAUUCCAGCCGUCCUCUUGGGCAUGUCGUUGGCAUUAUAAAACGUAACUGGCACUCUUAUUGUGGGUCAUUGGAGCCAAUGCCUUUACCAGCAGGUAAUGGUGGUGUUGCUCAUGCUUUAUUCGUCUCCAAAGACCGCAGGAUACCUAAGAUCCGGAUUCAAACUAGACAGCUUGGAAACCUUCUGGAUAAGAGAAUCAUUGUUGCUGUUGAUUCUUGGGAUUGUUCAUCUCGAUAUCCAUCGGGACAUUAUGUACGGACCAUUGGGGAGAUUGGUGAUAGAGACACUGAAAGUGAGGUGGUGUUGAUUGAGAAUGACAUCAACUCAAGACCUUUUUCAGCACAAGUACUUGCUUGUUUGCCUCCCUUGCCCUGGUCUUUGUCUCCUGAAGAUCUGGCUAAUCCACAUAGACUGGACUUACGGCAUGUGCGUGUAUUUAGUGUGGAUCCACCUGGUUGCAAGGAUAUUGAUGAUGCAUUACAUUGUACGCUUCUUCCCAAUGGGAAUUUUGAAGUGGGAGUUCAUAUUGCUGAUGUAACAAAUUUUGUUCAUCCUGGGACUCCUCUUGAUGAGGAGGCUUCACAGAGGGGUACAUCUGUUUAUCUUGUAGAACGGCGGAUUGACAUGCUUCCAAAGCCCUUGACUGAAGAUGUAUGCUCUCUUCGUUCCGAUGUGGAGAGACUGGCUUUUUCUGUUCUAUGGGAGAUGACACCAGAAGCAGAAAUUUUAUCUUCAAGAUACACUAAGAGUGUUAUAAAGUCUUGCGCUGCAAUGUCGUAUGUAGAAGCUCAAGCAAGAAUGGAUGACAGCCGCUUAGCGGACCCAUUAACAACUGACCUGCGAAAUAUGAACUCCUUAGCAAAGAUCAUGAGACAAAGGCGUAUCGACAGAGGAGCACUUACACUUGCGUCAGCAGAAGUUAAAUUUCAAAUUGAUACUGAAACUCAUGAUCCUUUAGAUAUUGGAAUGUAUCAGAUCCGGGAGGCAAAUCAAAUGAUUGAGGAGUUUAUGCUUGCUGCUAAUAUUUCUGUUGCAGAAAAGAUCUUAAAACACUUUCCUUUGUGCUCCUUGUUGAGGCGUCAUCCUUCUCCAACAAAAGAGAUGCUUGAACCGUUGCUGCGUACAGCUGCUGCUGUUGGCUUAGAUCUGGAUAUUUCAUCUUCUAAAGCACUAGCUGAUUCGCUUGACCGUGCAGUGGGUGAGGAUCCAUACUUUAAUAAGCUGAUCAGGAUUUUGGCUACUAGGUGCAUGACACAGGCAGUCUAUUUCUCUAGUGGAGAUUUGAGCUUAUCAGAAUUUUACCAUUAUGGACUUGCUACACCUCUCUAUACUCAUUUCACUUCUCCUAUUCGGCGGUAUGCAGAUGUCAUUGUUCACAGAUUGCUAGCUGCGGCUCUUGGAAUAGCAAAGCUUCCACCUAUUUUUCUGGAUGGACCACAACUUACAAAUAUUGCUGACAAUUUAAAUUAUCGGCACAGAAAUGCCCAGAUGGCCAGCAGGGCCUCAGUUGAAUUACACACACUUAUUUAUUUCAGGAAGAGGCCUACUGACACCGAAGGCAGGAUAUUGAAGAUAAAAUCCAAUGGAUUUAUAGUCUUUGUUCCCAAGUUUGGUAUAGAAGGACCUGUAUAUUUGAUGGCUAAGGGAGAGAGUGCUGGUGACUGGGUUGUAGAUGAAGCACAUCAGAGAGUGACAAAAGCAGGCGCAAACAUUUGUUAUGGUAUCUUGCAAACAGUAAAGAUUCACAUGGAGGUUGUAGAGCCGCAGCCCAACAGGCCGAAGCUGGAACUCACACUUUUAUAGAAGCCAUGUAAAAUUUAUUUUCUUGUUUAUUUUUGUUAUUCUAAUAGUUUUAUGAGCUUGGUAAACAGCUGUUCUUAGUUUUUUUUUUAUAGUUUUUUAUUUAAAAAUUCUCAUUUGUCGUCUAUGUAAUGUGCUAUUUUGGCAAAUAAAAACUAAUUGCUUUUCAUUUAUGUCCCUCAUUUUGUUGUGGUU